AUUAGAACAUUUUCAGGAAUCUCUCAUUGAAGUUAAGCUAGCACGUGAUUCAUCUUUGAAAGAGAAAGAUAUUCUCAUGGAAGAGAGGAAUCUAGUUCGCUCUCGACUUCUUAUAGAAAGUGAGGCUGAAUUUAAUUGGGCUGCUAGAGUCCUAAAUAAUGCUAGAAAUGAUCUAGGUGUUAAUGUGAGUCUUCAAACUGAACAUUCGCAAGUGGUUGCAGAUAUUAUUUCCAACUAUGAAGUUCAAAAGAGAGAAUAUGAGGAGAAAUCCACAAACUUAGAAUCUCGCUUGGCUUCAAAAGAAGAGGAACUUGCUCUACGUAGCUUUAAGUAUCAACAAAUGAAGGAAAAUUGGGUUAACUUGGUUAACAAUUCAGGUAACGAUUCUGCCCGCGAAGUUGAAGCUGCUGUUACAAGGGUCUGCAAGGAAAAUGGAAUUCUUCCUUCUAAAUAUAUUUUUUCCAAAGAUCCCUGAUAAUGUGCCUAUCCCAGCUAUUGAAGUUUCUGAGGAUGAAGAUUCUGAAGAGGAAGAGAAUGAUACUGAUGAUGAGCAGACAGAAGCUGAGAUUGAGAAAACUGAGAAAGGAGCUGGUGAAAUUGAAGUUGAUCAAGGUGAAGA